AUGGAGGACUUGGAGAGGACGUCCGGUUUGAGUUCUCCGAACAUUCUCCUUACUGGCCACGAGGGUGACGUUUACGCGCUCGAAUUCUCCCCCGAUGGCCAAUUUUUGGCGACUGGCGGUAAGGACAAGACGAUUCUACUCUUUCAGGUCUACGGGGAGUGCCUGAACUUUGGGGUCUUGGAAGGACACAAGAAUGCCGUCCUUGAGCUCCACUGGGACGCCACUGGCGGCCUCCUCUACUCGUGCUCGGCCGAUCACACCGCCGCCAUCUGGGACGUUGAAUAUCGCAAAAGGAUCAAGAAUUUGAACGGUCACAGUGAAAUCGUAAACUCGUGUUAUCCCGCUCGUAAGGUCGUCGGCAGUAAUAUGAUAGUGACCGGUUCCGACGACGGAACCGUAAAGAUCUGGGAUACUAGGUCCAAAAAUAAUGCAAAAUCAAUCGCUCAGGAUUUCCAAAUUUUGGCCGUAUGCGCAGAUGCAAACGGAGAACGCGUUUUUUCCGGUGGAAUCGAUAAUGUAAUCAGGGUAAGUUAA